AAGCGAUAUAUAUAAUUCAAAUCGAAACGAAUCAAUUACAUGGUUUUGCACCCCUGACUAUAGUACACUUAUCGAUUACAAACGAGUCGCACAACGCAAAGUACUUUCGGACGUGUAUCUUUUUCAAUAUAGUAAAUUUUAAUUUAUAUUUCUUAAAGUCAAGUUUCUUCCGUAUUUCUUCGUAGGGAAGACGCCUUAUAUUCAAAUUAAAUACAGCUUGUUUAAAAACAAACCUCACACUUUUUCCAAAUUUGUUCAAAUUUUACAUUUUAUUUGUCAUUGUGAUCAAGAUGCCGAACAUCAAGUUGCAGUCAUCUGAUGAGGAAAUUUUCGAUACCGAUAUACAAAUUGCCAAGUGCUCCGGUACAAUUCGCACCAUGUUGGAGGAUUGCGGCAUGGAGGAUGAUGAGAAUGCCAUUGUGCCAUUGCCGAAUGUGAAUUCGACAAUUUUGAGAAAAGUGUUGACCUGGGCCAACUAUCACAAGGAUGAUCCACAGCCCACGGAGGAUGAUGAGAGCAAGGAGAAGCGCACCGAUGACAUCACAUCAUGGGAUGCCGAUUUUCUGAAAGUUGACCAAGGCACGCUUUUUGAACUGAUCUUGGCGGCCAAUUACUUGGAUAUUAAGGGCUUGCUGGAGCUAACCUGCAAGACCGUUGCCAACAUGAUCAAGGGGAAAACACCCGAGGACAUCCGCAAAACGUUCAACAUCAAGAAAGAUUUUACACCUGCCGAGGAGGAGCAGGUGCGCAAGGAGAACGAAUGGUGUGAGGAGAAGUAAGCGGCACUCCAUACCCAUACUGGGCAGAUGUCGCCAGAUGGUAAAUGGCUGCGAUACUCAUCUGCGAAACUUCUGAAGAAAAUAAAAAAACAAACAUUUGAAAACUAGGAUAAUGAAAUACGCUUUUUCAAACUGAACCAUUGCUUGAACGAACACUUGCGUAUUAAAUAACUUUUAUCUAGUUUAUGUAUAAGAAGGUUAAAAUACACACAUACUUUGAAAUAUUUUUCUCAAAAAAA